CCUUCCCUAGAAUUCUCCCCCAGGCUCUCGCAGAGUCCGGGUCCGCGGCUUUGGCCAUCCCUGCACCUUUCCCGACGUCUCACCAGAAAACCAGCCCUAACUCGCCAGGGCGCGUCUCCCCGUCGGCCUCCCCUUCCCUUCCCGGCCCCGCCCCGGCUCCUCCCGGCCCCAGGGGCCCUCCCGCCUCCUCCCCUCCCGCCCGCCCCUCCAGACUCGAGCGCGGGCUGGGCGGGCAGCCUGAGGACGCGCAGCUGCGAGCAGGGAGUCCCGGCAGGGCUUGACCCGAGGAUCCCCCCCCCCUUGCCCCCCGAGCUGGCGGAAGGCGAACCCAGAGGUACCCGGGUCCCCGGGCCCUGGGGUGGGGUUACUGGAGGAGGUAGCCCCACUGGUGGCCCUUUCCCUGGGCCGGGUCAUGCGUUGCCGCAAGUGCCAGCUCUGCCUGUUAGCACUGCUCACCCUCCUGGGCCUCAAAGUGUACAUCGAGUGGACAUCCGAGUCCUGGCUUAACAAGGCUGAACCCCGGGGCACCCUGCUCAGUUCCACACCACCCAAUGCUGAGCCCACCCUGCCCAUCAACCUCUCAGCACGCCUGGGUCAGACUGGCCCACUGUCCUUUGCUUACUGGAACCAGCAGCAGCGGAACCUGGGAGCCCUGCCCAGUACGGACUGCCGGACCUGGGGGACUGCUGCUGCCUCGGAGAUCUUGGACUUCCUGUUGUACCCCCAAGACCUUCAGCGCUUCCUGCUGUCAGCAGCCUGUAGGACCUUCCCUCUGUGGCUGCCUGCAGGCGGGGGCAGCCCGGUGGCCAGCUGUUCUGAUAAGGAUGUCCCCUACCUGCUCCUGGCUGUCAAGUCAGAACCGGGACACUUUGCAGCAAGGCAGGCUGUGAGGGAGACCUGGGGCAGCGCAGUCGCUGAGACCCGGUUGCUCUUCCUGCUGGGGUCACCACUAGGAAUGGGGGGGCCUGACCUAAGAUCACUGGUGGCAUGGGAGAGCCAGCACUAUGGCGACCUGCUGCUCUGGGACUUCCUGGACGUCCCCUACAACCGGACACUCAAAGACCUUCUGCUGCUGACCUGGCUGAGCCACCACUGCCCCGAUGUGAGUUUUGUCCUGCAGGUUCAGGACGAUGCCUUCGUGCAUACCCCUGCCCUGCUGGAGCACCUGCAGACCCUGCCACCCACCUGGGCCCGCAGCCUCUACCUGGGUGAGGUCUUCACCCAGGCCAAGCCGCUCCGCAAGCCUGGAGAACCCUUCUAUGUGCCCAAGACCUUUUUUGAAGGAGACUAUCCAGCCUAUGCCAGUGGAGGUGGCUAUGUCAUCUCGGGACGCCUGGCCCCCUGGCUGCUGCAGGCAGCAGCCCGUGUGGUCCCUUUCCCCUUUGAUGACGUCUACACUGGCUUCUGCUUCCGAGCCCUGGGCUUAGUGCCCCGGGCCCACCCAGGGUUCCUCACAGCCUGGCCAGCAGACCGCACCAGGGACCCCUGCACAAUCCGAGGCCUGCUGCUGGUUCAUCCAGUCAGCCCCCAGGACACCAUCAGGCUCUGGAAACACCUGUGGGGCCCAGAGCUCCAGUGCUGAGCCUCAGAGACAAGCUAGGGUGGGGUGGGGAUGCUGAGCACCCCCCAGCCCCUCCUAAAUCCUUCCUCGUCAAGAACUGGGCAGGCUAGACAAGGUGGCAGACUGUGCUCCCCUACUUUCUAAUUCUGAAAACUAUGUCCACCCUA